ACCGGAGCGAAAUCAAAGCUCACACCUCUACUUAUUAUAAUAUCACCCUACUGUGCCGUCUCAUGCUGCCCCUCUCUGAGCUUUGGUUCCCCCCCACACACACAGACAUCCUUUCUAAUUUCCCUUCUCUUUUUUUCCUACAAUUUUCUUUUUCUCUCUAAAUCUUAAACUCUUAUAAUCAAGAACCGGAGAAGGUCAAGAAAGACAAGGGAUUUGUUUUCUUUCUUUUCUCUCUCCUCUCUUUGUUUUUACUUUUUAUAUUUUACUUAUUUAUUUCUCUCACGUUGGGAGAGGAGAGAACUCACCAAAGAAAUUUAAGAAAAGGCAACCACCAUAAUCGAAUAAGUACACAAACCCAAUUAAAGAUUUUGCUUAAAGACAAUAUACCCAUUACGUAAUCAAGAAUACACUCACUCUCUCAUUCUUUGGCUCUAUUUAAAACCCUCCACACACACACAUAAUACACAUAACACACAAAGACUUUCAGGGUAGGAAUUAAUAUACAUAGCAGUGGAGGAUAUUCAGAAUGAUUAGCAACAACGGCGGCAACACUAACGGAGGAGCGCCAUUGGAGACCGGUCCAAAAGCGGCUAACCUUCAAGGCCUGAAGAAAGGGCCUUGGACAGCAGCGGAAGAUGCAAUCUUGAUAGAUUACGUGAAGAAACAUGGAGAGGGGAACUGGAAUUCUGUGCAAAAGAAUUCUGGCUUGAUGAGGUGUGGUAAAAGCUGUAGGCUUAGAUGGGCAAACCAUUUGAGGCCUAAUCUAAAGAAAGGUUCUUUUACUCCUGAAGAAGAGAGGAUCAUCAUCGAGCUUCACGCCAAGCUUGGUAACAAAUGGGCUCGCAUGGCCUCUCAGUUACCAGGUAGAACAGAUAAUGAAAUCAAGAAUUUCUGGAACACCAGAAUGAAGAGACGCCAGAGAGCUGGCUUGCCUAUAUACCCCCAAGAAUUUCAAGAAGAAGCUAAUGCAUUGAAUAUACAUCACCAACAAGACCAGCAAAAACACCUUAACUCUUCCUGUUCCUCAUUCUCUUCCUUUCUCUCUUCGUCUCGAAAGGCUGCCUACAAUCCCUCGCUUUCACUCCUUGAUCCCAUUAAUUUCUCACCCGCGUUAGAUGCUUUACAAAAUCAUCUUUCUACAUCAUUCUACACAAAUCCCACGCUCCAAUUUAAGUCAUUUGGCGAUAAUAAUGCUAACAAUAGCAGCUUAGCUUUGCCUCUCUCUCCCGUUUCUCAUCGCGCACGAUCGCCUUCCAGUAUAUCUCCGUUUAACGAAAACUUUGCAGGCCAAACAAUCACAAGAACGCCACUUCCGUUUAGUUACAACACUGCAAAUUUUGAAAAUAUGAGUUUUACUUCAUUGAUAAUGGGAGCUCAAGUUGAACCCAUUGGCCUUGUUCCAGGUUUCAAGUCUGAACUCCCGUCGGACCAAACCCCACCGUGUCCGAAUACUCCUUUCUCACCAAAUACUAGCGGUGGUGUUGGAGAGAAAUCAAGCAAAAACACUGACAAUGAGAAUGACAAUGAUGACAAUGAAACGGUCCUGACAGAGAUGCAUGGUAAUAGGAACAGUGGCUUAUUGGAUGCUUUGAUACUGGAAUCUCAUAAUCUGUCUAGUAAAGAAAAUUUGAACGAUAGGAACUCAUUGGUGGCAUCUGAUAAAGGGAAACGAGUGGUCGGUGAGCCUACCGAGGAGGGCGAGAACGAAGAGGAGAUGGAAGCUGCCAAACGUAUUAAAUUGCCGUCAACAAACGUGGAUGAGCCCUCCGGCGAAAACCACUACUCUGAUGAUAUGAGUUCUUCUCAAUCGUCAAUUGGGGUGAAACCAACUGAGGAUCCCAUGGAGGAAAUGAAUUCGAUGGAUGAUGAUGACUUAUUGAGUUUGCUUGACAACUUCCCAUCAUCGACGCCACUACCAGAGUGGUACCGGAGAAGGAACAUCUCAAACGGAUUGUCGUCUAGCCCGAUAGGUGAUGAUGGCAGAGGACAUGAAGUUGAUGAGCAAGAUGCUGCUUCGCAAGAAGCUCAAGGCACAACCACAGGAGGCACCGCAAACGUUGAAUGGGCAUUCGGAUCCUCAUACUGGAAUAACAUGCCAAGCAUUUGCUGAAAGCUUGCUUACAAUACAUAACAGCUGCAUAUCCCUUUUGUAAAGAAACCUGACAAAAGUUCAAUCUGAAAGGAAAGGGUACAAGUAAAGAUAAUGGAGGUAGCUAGCUAGAAGAAAAGAUCGAUAAUGUGGUUUAAAUUCAUCGUUUAGCUAGAGAAUUAAUUAGGUUUUCUUAGGCUUUUUUUCUUUUUAAAAUGUCGGUAGACUUAUUGUUAUAAUUAGUGUUUGAUUACCGUUGUUUGUACUAAUGUAGACCUAUAGAAAAACGCAAAAGGAACUCCUUCAGUCAGUGUGCAUCCUUGUAUAUAUGGUGGAUGUAGAAUAUAGGUUUUGCAGUAGCAACAUUUAGCAUUAAUCCAGUAAUUUUUUCUUUUUCUUUCAUUCCUGGUUAUAUAGUCUUCUCCUGAUCUAUUUUCUUUUA